AUGGACAUUUCCUCCUUAGAUGGCCCUCUCUUUGUCAACAGUAGGGUCAUCUGUCCACAGGAUUCAACAGUACCGAUUAUAUUUGAAGAGCCUCCAACUCCAGACACCGAAAAUGCACACUACGAUAAUUUCGUCCGCUCAAAACCUCUCCCACAUAUACCAGCAGAAUCAACACUAUCCCAGUCAAGUUACACGUCGAACAAUUACAAUCGAACGUCUUAUACAAACUCUAACUGGAGCACAAAUAACGGCGACGUGAGACGGAUGUCAGCCAACAGAGGUCGAGGCCAUCCCAGUGACAUGACUCUACGCGAAGAUGUCUUAUAUUCUGAGCGUUCUCGAUCCUCGCCUAAUUUCUCAUAUCGAAAUGUUGACCAUCGACGAGCACAGAGUGCCCCUCUCAUCUGGAAUGAAGAGAAAAGGAUCUGGACAUUCGCCGACUAUAUAUCUAUAAACACAUCAACUCCACCAGGUCCAACUUUACCUCCACCAGGUCCAACUUUACCUCCACCAGGUCCAACUUUACUUCCGCCAGGACCAACUUCACCUCCACCAGAACCAUCUUCACCCCCACCACCAUACACAUAUUAUCAGACUCAAACUCCAAUUAGUCAACCGCCAGCACGGUUGCAGACCUUAACGCCGGAUCGAUUUUAUCAUAACAAUGCACACGCCGAAACAGAGCAUAACGAGAGCAAUGAGGGAGUCAAGUUGUCAAAAUGGAAUGCUGUUGCCCGACGCGUGCACAAUCGGAUGUCGAUCGGAUGA